CAGCAGCUGAAAGAGCUCUGUUGGAGAAGACCCGGGAACUCCUCAGCGGGUUAAAGGGAAGGGUCUUGCAGGAACCUGCACCCAGAUUCUCUUGAACCAGCAUGGCCGGCCUUCAGGACAACACUCUGCGGAUCGUUCUGGUGGGAAAAACUGGAUGUGGGAAAAGUGCGACAGCAAACAGCAUCCUUGGGAAAAGAGUCUUUGAUUCUAAAAUUGCUUCCGUGUCUGUUACCAAGAGCUGUCAGAAAGACGAGAGGGCCUGGGAGGGGAGGAAUCUUCUGGUUGUGGACACCCCCGGGCUCUUUGACACCAAGGAGACACAGAAGACCACCUGUAGGGAAAUUGCUGAAUGUGUCUCCUUAUCCAGACCCGGGCCUCACGCCAUCAUCCUGGUUGUACAGCUGGGCCGCUUCACGCAGGAGGAGCAAAAAACGGUAGAAUUGAUCAAGGCCAUCUUUGGGGAGUCGGCCAUGAAGCACAUGAUUGUCUUGUUCACUCGCAAAGAGGACUUGCAGGGUCGGGAUCUCAGUACGUAUAUAGGAAGCGCAGAGCAAUGCUUAAAAGCCAUCAUCAUGGAGUGUGAGUUACGCUGCUGUGCCUUCAAUAACAAAGAUGCAGACGAGGCUGAGAAGGAAGUUCAAGUGCAGGAGCUGGUGGGGCUGAUCGAGGCAGUGGUACAGGAGAAUGGAGGGGCUCACUUUUCAGAUCCUAUCUACAAGUACACAGAGGAAACGUGGAAACGUGUUGAAGAGGCACUGAACAAAAUCUCUGCUGAACGAGACGCUAUGGAAAAACAGGUAAAAGAGAAGUAUAAUCAAGGAAAGAUAUCAAAGCAAGAAAUGGAGAAACAAUUGGCAUCCAUAAAGAAGAAAUAUGAAGAACAAAUUAAAGCUACAAAGGAAAAAGGUGAAAAAACUAUAUCUGAAGGUGUUUUCAAACGGAUUUGCAAGGUGCUUUCAAGUAUAUGGCAUAGGUUCUGGGAUUAAUGUACAUUUGAUUUUUCUUCUUAAUUUACUAUGA